UAUUUUCAGAUUUUGAGGGCUACAUCUUCAUAUAACUGAGGACUCCUCUACUUAAUGAGUUGUACAUGUAUGUACCAGGACUUAACUACAAAUAAGUGUGCAGUGUAAAAGAAUUACUAUCAAAACAGAUCCUUUGAUUGCCCCCACAUUAUAUUCCUUACAAAAUGGCAACACGCAAACCUCACUUCAAUGGAUUAGAUCGAGAAAUAUUUUUCAACAUAUCAACAACUUGCUUCAAAAAGGCAAUCUCUGAGGGUCGUCUCCCAUGUGCAAGUGAUGUCAGAACAAAUCGGGAAAAACUAUUAAUAGAGUUCCUUGGCCCUGAUGGGGAUUUGAAUGGCAUGGGGUGUGACCUAAGGGAUAUAUACAAGACCCUCAGUGAGCUGCCUGUCUACCCAGAAGGCAAGGAUAUCAUAGACAUGAUGGAGUCACUAAUGAAGUCUCUAAACCAACCAAUCUCAGAGCAGGCUGCCGAGGCCCAAAAGGAAUGGGAUCACCUCAUCCUGACAGUUCGCAGUGAUGAUUGGUUCAAUACUACAACAAGAGCAGAGAAAAAGCCUGUGAAGUACCCAAUAGAUGGGAUACCAUUUCUUCACUUUAAUCUUGCAACCAAAAUGGGAAAGAAAAUAAAGCUUCAAACGGAUCAAGAUGUCAUAUACUAUGCUAAAUAUGGCUUGAGUGAACAAGAUGCAUUUCAUGAAGCAAGGAUAAACUUAAGAAAAUCUACGGGAUUUAUCAGUAAUGAUCAUUGGGAUGAAGAACCUCGCUGCCACCUUAAUGGCAGACAGGCUCCCGUGCAAAAAUUUGGAUAUACCCCUCACCCAGGGGCUUUACUUGCUUUUCCAACUGACAUUUCAAAUAUGAGGAGAUUCAAUGGUCCACAAGUUGUUAUGGUACCAACUAUACACAAGAUGUAUUGCACAGGGGCCGAGGAGUAUGAGGGCUGUUUGACAAUGGGAGAACUUUGUCUCAAACUAUACAAGGAGGCCAGGCAGGAGGACAGAGUAUCCCUUAGGCCAAUACGACUGGUUAAUGAUAAUGAUGAUCCUGGUGAAGGUGUCUAUAGAUAUGUUCCAUAUGUCCCAAAUAUGGUCAAUGAAAAUUGUGUUCCAGAAACAGAGACUCAGGUAAUUGCCAUGAAGAAAUCAUUUAAUGAAUGGGACAAGCUCCCAUAUAGGCUCCAGAAAGAUCAACAUCCACUGAGGUUUAUUACAACAACUAGUGCUAAAGAACUUGGGGCAACUAAACAAGCUCUCGAUUCUCAGGCUCGUCUCACUAAAGGUAUAGCAUCAUAUGAACUUGCAAGCUAUAUGAUGAAGAAGCUCUGCUAUCAAUGUGGAGUUACUAAAGAAUCUGAUGGAGCGAAACUUUCAAAGUGUCAAGGAUGUAGAUUAGCUUACUACUGUGGUGCCGAGUGCCAACAGCAAAACUGGAGUAGACAUAAAAAACAAUGCAUUGCUCUGAAACGCUCUCUUAAUAAAAAGGGCAAAAACCAUUGAUUUUUUACUAUUUUUAUCUUUAUUAUGUCAAUAUCCAACCAAAAACAAGCAUUGACAUGCAACAGCUGAACACCAACCGCUGAAUGCUGAACACCAACCACCGAACAGCGUCAACAAAAAAUUGGAGACUAUAACAAUACGUUAUUAAUUGUGAUGGUGACAUUAUAAA